AUGUCUUUCCAGUGCGGCGAAUAUUUCCGAGUCCUUCCCCUCCUUGUCCUCGGCUUCGCUACCUAUCAAAUAGAUCGUACCAAUAUCUCGAGCGCAUUGACCGGGGGCUUCGCAUCUGCCAUUGGGGUAAACCAGAACACAAUCAACCUGGGAAAUCAGCUCAUGUUUUUGGGGGUCAUCGUUUUGGAAAUUCCCUCGAAUAUGGUUCUUCAGCGGGUCGGCCCCCGCCGCUGGAUCAGCGCUCAAGUCUGCAUCUUCGGCAUCAUCGCCGCCCUACAGAUCUUCAUUCGCAACCGGACUGGAUUCCUCGUCACGCGAUCCAUCCUUGGUCUAGCAGAAGCGGGGUAUAUCCCUGCGGCCAUGUACACGUUAUCAACAUGGUAUACGAAAGAGGAAUUGACGAAACGCAUCGCGAUAUUCUUCUUUGGCAUGUUCGGAGGAUCUGCAGUUGCUCCGCUGAUUGGGGCGGGACUGUUAAAGUUGGAUGGAAAGGGAGGAUUGCCGGGGUGGAAGUGGAUAUUCUUAUUGGAAGGAUGCUGGGCCGUCCUCGUAUCGAUCCUCUUAUUCGCCCUGCUUCCAGAGCACAAACAGCCCCCUCCCUCCGACGAAGAAGCGUCCAAAUCUCACAAAUGGAACGAAUCCUCCAACUCCCGUAUCCCCCUCUCAACCGUCUACAAAACCAUAACCAAUUACACCAAAUACCCCCAUUGGAUCUCCACGGCCUGCGUCUUCUCCACCUGGAGUCCCCUCACAACUUACACCCCCAGCAUAAUCAUGUCGCUGGGUUUCUCUCGCAUUAACGCCAAUGCCCUCACCGCAAUCGGAAACCUGCUCACUCUUCCCGUGAUAUUCUUCUUUGCUUGGGUGAGCGAUCGGACUCGUCAACGCGGUCUGACGGUUAUGUGUGCGAUAGGUUGCUAUCUUAUCGCGCUUAUCCUCUUGAGAUGUCUUGAAUCGAAGGUAGGAAAAUGGGGCCGCUUUGGUCUUUGGACGACGGUCAAUGGGCUCGCCGUGGGAUAUCAUCCGAUUCAGAAUGCUUGGAUUCAAGUGAAUUGUGGGAGUGCGGGGGAGAGGAGUGUUAGCGUUGCGAUGUUUGUCAUGUCUGCGACGGCGGGGCUUAUGGCGGGCACGCAGAUCUUUCGACAUGAUGAUUCUGAGGAUGGGUAUCCGCGGGGAUUGCUGAUCAUGAUUAUCUUGGUGCUGGCGGGAUUGGUCUUCGCGGGUGUGCAAAGUAUGGUUUAUCGUAUUUUGAAUCGCUCAAAGGGCGGUCAGGCUCAGGAGGCUUGA